UGCGCCUUGGCCAGUGUCCGCCUGAGCCGCGUCCGGGACGGGCGAGCGAGCAGAGGCAGCCGGCUGCCGAGGCCCCCGGAUCCCGCUGGGCUUGGAGAGAAGAAGGGACCCCCCGCACCAGCAGCACCACCACCCGGUCCCUCCUCCUCCUCUUCCUCCUCCUCCUGCUCCUCCCCCUCCUCCCCUCGCCCACCCCCUCGAUGCGCUGCCUGCCCAUGCCUCCUCCUGAACUGCCAGCCUCCUCUCGCUGCAGCCCAAUGAAUAUUUCGCUGUAUGAAUAUUUCACCAUCUCGCAGGCGGCUCUGUAAAGCGAUCCGUAGAUUCUCCCCGAGAGGGAGCAGGAGCAGGAGCAGGAGGAGGCGGCGGCGGCGAGUGUGCGCCGCUGCGCCUUAGAUGCUGCUCCUGCUGCAACAACUGCAAGGCGAAGAAGCGCCUUGACGCAUUCCGGCCGGGGCUCGCUCGCUCCUCGCCUGCGCUGCUGCUGCUGCUGCUGCAACGGCCCCCGCCGGCCUCCCCGCGGCAGUAUCUACCAGUUGCCUCGAAGUGAGCUUUAUUCCUUAAAAACAUAAAAUAAAAACAAAGAGGAGGAAGGGGCCAUUCCAGAGCAAAGUGGGAAGUCCGCGGAUAUUGCUGAGUCGGCAUUUCAAGCAGUCUCCUUCCAGUCACCGUGCUUAUUUAUUUAUUUUAUUGAGGGGAAGUGUGUGACAGCAGCCGCAAUACAGCAGCAGCAGCAGCAGCAGCAUGGUCACAUCCUGGAGAAAAACAAAAGGACUGCAUUAAAAGACAGAGGGAAACUGCUCCGAAGGGACCCCAGUCUCGCUGUGUUGCAUGUGUGUUAAGAGACCCCAGACGUCUCUUUGUCCUUUGAUGAAGCUGCAGGACCUCUCUCCCUUUUUUCUUCCCACCCUCCCCAAUGACCAGCGCCCUAUAGGUCCUUUCCCCGCCUAGCCUGGAUGCCAUUCAACCUACCCCUGUUCCCUUAUCCUUGAGCUUCCCAUCCCCAAUCCCCAUUCUCCAUCCUGUUUUCCUGCUCUGGGAGUUGUCCACACCAAGGGCCUCACCUCUCUUUUGCCCCUCUCCAUGCUCUGAUUCUGCAUCUAUAUCCAGUAUCGGUCUCCUCUGAAGUCCUCAAUUCUUCACUCUCCUUCAGCUCUGGCGGCUUCUGAUCCCAGAACUCUUCUCCUUCCGCAUCCCAUCACGUCUUCUAGUGAGUCUGUCCUUCCCACCCGUAGCUGCCAUGACGGUGAUGGCCGGGGACAAUAUGGACGAGACUUCUGCCUUGCCAGGUCACCCCCAGGACAGUUAUCGACCUGGGGCCCACGAUGACCACGAAUGUUGUGAGAGGGUUGUGAUCAACAUUGCUGGCCUGAGAUUUGAGACGCAGCUGAAGACCCUCGCUCAGUUUCCCAACACUUUGCUGGGUAACCCCAAGAAACGCAUGCGAUACUUUGACCCCCUGAGGAACGAAUAUUUCUUUGAUCGGAACCGGCCCAGCUUUGAUGCCAUCCUCUAUUACUACCAGUCUGGAGGGCGGCUUCGCAGGCCUGUUAACGUGCCUCUAGACAUGUUCUCGGAGGAGAUUAAGUUUUAUGAACUGGGAGAGGAGGCCAUGGAGAAGUUCCGGGAAGAUGAAGGUUUCAUCAAAGAGGAAGAGAGGCCGCUGCCUGAGAAGGAGUACCAGCGGCAAGUGUGGCUGCUCUUUGAAUACCCUGAGAGCUCUGGGCCAGCUCGGAUCAUUGCAAUAGUCUCCGUCAUGGUGAUCCUCAUCUCUAUAGUGAUCUUUUGCCUGGAAACUUUGCCAGCGUUGAAAGAGGACAGGGAGUAUAUGGGACCCCGAAACCGCAGCGACAACUCGACAGUCUAUUACAAGUCCAAUAUCUUUACUGACCCCUUCUUCGUGGUGGAGACUCUGUGCAUCAUAUGGUUUUCUUUUGAAUUGGUGGUGCGCUUUUUUGCCUGUCCCAGCAAAGCCGAGUUCUUCAAGAACAUCAUGAACUUCAUUGACAUAGUAGCCAUCAUCCCCUACUUCAUCACUCUGGGUACAGAGAUGGCUGAGCAGGAGGGGCCUCAAAAGGGAGAGCAGGCCACCUCUCUGGCUAUCCUGAGAGUCAUCAGACUGGUAAGAGUCUUUCGAAUCUUCAAACUCUCCAGACAUUCUAAGGGCCUCCAGAUUUUGGGACAAACCCUCAAAGCGAGCAUGAGGGAGUUAGGGUUACUAAUCUUUUUCCUCUUCAUUGGGGUGAUUUUGUUCUCCAGUGCGGUGUAUUUUGCUGAAGCUGAGGAACCUGGCACCUAUUUCGACAGCAUCCCCGAUGCUUUCUGGUGGGCAGUGGUUUCCAUGACCACUGUAGGAUAUGGUGACAUGUACCCUGUGACAAUUGGAGGCAAAAUCGUGGGCUCCUUGUGUGCCAUUGCUGGUGUGCUGACAAUUGCCCUGCCUGUACCUGUCAUUGUGUCCAACUUCAACUACUUCUACCACCGAGAAACAGAAGGGGAAGAACAGGCUCAGUUACUUAAAGUUAGCUCUCCUAAUUUAGCAUCUGACAGUGAUCUGAGUCGCCGUAGCUCCUCCACAAUCAGCAAAUCUGAGUACAUGGAAAUUGAAGAGGAUAUGAAUAAUAGCAUAGACAAUUUUAGAGAGGCUAACCUCAGAACUGGCAACUACACCAUAGCCAACCAAAACUGUGUUAAUAAAAGCAAGCUGCUGACUGAUGUUUAAGAACAUGUAGAAAAGAGAAACAUUGGCAGCUUGAAGACUUUAAGUGACCAGCAGUCACACUUUGUAGAUGCUUUACUCUUCGAAUGCUUUACCUCGUAAAUGCAUUGUUGCAUUGCGAAUUUUUGCUCAGCGAUUCAAUAAGCUUUCAGGAUCCUUGAAAGAAUUUCACUUUUCCUUUUGUUUUCUUUUAAAAGGGUAUUUUCCAAGUGGUGGAAAUGGUUACUAAAGCUCUUUGGACUAGCCUAGUUAUAAAUAGAAAUUGUAUGCUUCUAGCCCUAGACAUUUCCCCAUAACUUUUAAGUUUCCAACCGUUUUAAAAAUCAGCUCAAGAGGACUCUAAAAAAAAUACUUAAAAUAUGCAUGGAUUCAAGGAAACGUUUCUACAAAACUGCACAGUGCAUCCAAGAAAAUGCAUCCAAAUAAUAUUCAGCAGUAAUGUGCAGUAAGUAUUUGUCAUUCUUUAGACUGACCGACAUAUACAUUUCCUUACUUUGUGAAAAGUUUUGUAGUUCUGAUCUACAGAUUCACACACAGCACCUUAUGAAAAUAUGCCAGGUUUUUUUUGUUUUUUGUUUUGUUUUUGCUGUAUACACUAUUAAAAUCGAAGAAUUAUUCUGUGUGUUGGGGGGAAGAUGGAACAUCUGCAAUGCUGCUAAGGUCUCUUAAGUGCAGAUGGUUUCAACAUACUUCUUUCCCUUCUUCAGAAAUGGAUGCAAAACUUUUUAGCCCCUUUGUUGCAAGAUAGCACAAUAGAAUUUAAUAUAAGCAUGUUUGACUUUGAUACUAUCUAUUUUAUAACUGCAUGCCUGGAACAUUACCUCAGAUGAUAGGGGAUAAGGUUUUGUUUGAAUUGAUCUUCUUUAAAAUAGGCCCUUUUUUUGUUUCAAUUUGCAUUCACCAAAGUGCACUCCUUUUUAUUUGUUAAGUAUCUGAUUAGUAACUUAAAAGUACUGUAUUUAAGUGCAUAUGUUAGUCAAAUGGGAACAAUAACUUUUGGAGAUCAGAGCAUGUUUCAAAUAUUCAGCAUUAUGGCCUAUUUGACUAAGGUGUAACUCAACAUUAAUUAAUGCAUGGUUUCAGUAAUAAAUACAAAACAAAAAAAAAAGCUUGUUAGGAUGAAGGCCAGGAAGGGAAUACUAGAGAGACGUGUUGUUUUCCUGCAUUGCUCAGGGAAAUGAGUUGGCUUCUGUCCGGGCCUUAAUAGAAAGUAACAUAUCCCAUCCCUUAAAGGGAAAGCUAUAUGGAAAAUUAAGUCCAGUUUAUAUAUAGCAAUGUCUAAAUAUUCUGUAUCUCCUAGAGCAGAAAAAGGUGCAGAAGCAUGCCUUUUGGUGCAUUCUUAGAAUGUAAAAUGAAACUUAUCGAUUAUAUGCAUCCAAAUUGCAGCCCAGUUAUUUUCGCAGUCAUUGUUUGAACCUUAGAGACUUUUGUAUCCCCCUAAGGACUUGCUGAAGAGACUCAACCAAUUGAUUUUAGAUAGUUGCUUAGUGCCUUUAUCCUUACAGCCACUGGACCGCUGAAAGUGCCUCUAUGAAAAGAGCUGAACCUGAGUAGGCAUGGAUGAGUCAAUUGGGACAAUAGCAGGAUUCGACCAUGCCAAAUGCAGGCACAGCAGAAAAAGCCAGGGAGAAAGACAGUGUGUAAAGCAGAGAGGCAGAAGAAGAGGGCAGAGACUACCAGCACUCUUGCAGACCUAAUUUCCUCCUGUACUCUGCACCCUGCAGCUGAGUGACAUUGCAACCUAACAUUUGCCUUUGACAAAUGCUACUCCCGCAAGACCCAGUCUUCCCCCAGUCUGUUUAUAGAGACUUUGCUGCACUCUGUGUUCAUUUUGUUUGUUUUUCGUAUUGGCCCAUUCUUCCCCUGGUUUGGACCUUGGCAGCCUGGCAUCCUACACUAGAGGAAGUAAGGGCCACCCUUUGCAGUAGCCUUAGCUAUGCAAGGAGCAGGUUGGAUGGAGGCAUGUCGAAUCUGUACACUUGCUCCUCUUAGAGGCUUCUGCUUUUCCAACGGAGCUCUCAUCCUUUCCACCCAAAUUCUCUUGGAUUUUAAAAUUUGACUCGCCUGAAGCUUUCCCAUCCAUUGUAACAACUCUCCUCCUGUUGUGUUUGUUGAAGGUUGCAGCAUUUUCUGAGAAGGCAUUUUCUGCAAUUAUGCAAGUCUUGAAGCUAUAGUCCAUAGAAAUCAAUAAGUCCAUUUUUAUUUUUUUACUGAUAUAGGCACUAAUCUUUUUUUUUACUUUUUCCUUCUAAAAGUCAAAGUUGAGGCUCUUUCUCCCAUGCUUAGCAUGUGGCCUUACACACUGAACCCUCUUUUCCAUUACAUAGAUCCCAGGCCUCCAUUCUAUUCUCAGUAUUCUAUUUCUCAGCAGCUACGGAUAUCUAGCAUUUACAUUGGAAAAGGAGCAUUCAUUCUGCAGCUUUGCCCAAACCUGGUAUGUCAGGUAGACAGAAAGAUGCAACUUUGUGACUUGUUUGGUUCAAAAUGGUAGGAGGAACAGAAGGACCUCUUAAAUACUGACUGCAGCAUAUUCAGAAAAAAUAAUAAUAUUGUAGUUGAUGGGAAGCUCUACCUUAUUUUCCAUUCUCAGUAUCCAGUUUAUCCCCAAUUUAGUCACAGUUUCCCCUGCUAGAGUGCUAGAUUUGGUGGUCUACCUUGAUUCCUCCAAACUCCUAAAUUUAGGGAAGGUCUUCAUUCGCCUGUUAAACUGACUUUGAACAUUGUGUGUAGUUAUCUCAGCAAUAAUCAGCUCAGUGCCGUAUGGGGUCUUUGAUCAGGAAGUGCUACCUGAGAGAGGAUGAUGAGGCCUCAGUUGGGCAGCUUGGUGGGUUUCUGUGUUGACUGGCUGGGUUAUCCUCACCUUAGUUUAUCUGCUGGACUGAUCCUUAUUCUGCAUGUUUAAGAGAAAGUAUGCAUGCCAUGCAGUGGUUUGGUUUAUGGCUUCCCCCUUUUGCUUUUGGCAGGGAUAGGUGAUCUUUAGGGCUUGUGGGGUGGCUUGGGGAAUAUGAUUGUCGCUUACUCAUUUAUAACAAAGGGACUGGGCAAAUAUGGAGUGCAGGGAAUAACUUCAUGUAGCAUAGGCAUGCAUUUCUUCCAGCAAGGAUUUUCCUCCCCUUAAAAUCAGACUCAGUCCUUUGCACUAAUACGUGCUGAAAUGCGUUUGUAGGUCUGAAGGUGCACUAAACUACUGCCUGAUUCUUAAUACACCUUUUUGUUUUUAAUUUCCUUUUCUGCCAUCUUCUGUUUUGGUGAACUGAUGGUUUCUCAAAAGUGAGUGGCUGUAGCUUGCCCCCAGUAGGAGUGAUCUGAAAAUGGACACGGCGAAUCAUGGAUUUGCUGGCAUUUGGUUACUGCAGUGCUGUAGCAAUGUCUCUCCAUCCAUUGGUCUGGACUCCUGGUUUGUGAUGUUGUGCUGACACAGUCGCUGGCUGUUCAGUAUUUAUUUGCUGAUUCAUCAAGGGUGCGAAUCAGGCUGUAGGCUUAGCAGGUUUAACUCAAGGAAGGGCAAGGGCAAAGUUUCCAAAGGCCUAGAAUUAGUUGGCGUUUCCUUAAUCUUAACAUUGCUCUUACCUUAAUCUUGACCUUGGUACAGAGGUGGCCUUUAAGUAAGGGCAGAGGAAGGGGCUGACUCCUGAAGUACGAUCCACUGGGAAGCUCUUCAACACAAAGCUCACGGAAGUGAACAGAGAUGUGCAAGGUCAUUGCAGUGCUUUUGUGCUGUUCCCAUUCACUUCAGGGUGGCCUGCGCAGGAUACUGCCCAGCGCUAGGCUAGUGCCAGUUUGGGGGGGGGGAGAGGCUGCUUGGAUGUUCUGCUUUAGAUACCAAAAAGGCUUGGAAUGGCUCUUUUUUUUGACAUGGAAGCAACUAAAAUCAACUGGACGACAUAAGCGGGAGAUCAUUGAAUAGGAACACACUGCAGGGAUACAAUGCAGUAUCUCUUCCAAGGACAGGGAAGUUAGUGACCCCCCCCACCCCAAAUACUGACCCAAAACACGUAUAGAAAUAGGACUAACUGUGUAAUGCCAUAUAGAAAGAUUGGAGAUAAAGGUACAUAAGGCCACAUUCUAUCACUGUUAUUAUAAAAUAAAAUAAAAAUCCCCAAAGCAAAUUUUAACUGAAAUGGGAGUCCUUAUCUCCUUAGCUCCUGUGAAAUCAGUAUAUUUUCUUAUUGCAUGUUAUUAUGGAGACCGUUACUGACAUACUUUUAAAAGGCGACAUGGAAAUAAGAGGAUGUGUGUUAUUUGUUCGAAGUGGAGUUCAACUCACAUUGAAUAUUGUCGAUUAUUUCCAUUAAAAGACCCAUUUAUUUUGAUGACUGCUUGGCCUGAUCUGUGCUAAGGGCAGGGGGAAAGGUAAACCUGCUCAGAGUCUAUGUAUACCACUUCAGACCGCAGGUCACAGUUGUGUGUGGGCAGGGAGUAUGCUGGAAACCUCUCCCCCUCUCAAUGUCAUCACACAAUCUAUCAGGGAGAAGGCUGGGCUGCAAACCAUUUCUCUCAUAUCUGGACCUUGCUGUACAUUUUUAGGCUGCGGAUGAGACUGCAUAUGUCUGAAUGACCCAAACCUUCCCUGCACAUGGAAAAUGAGUCUAUUGGGAAGAAAGUUUCUCAUACAACCUUCUUAACAUGUUAGUUUUCCUUGUUCCGAGAAUUUACUUUUUCGUGGUGGAGCACUGAAUCAUGCAAGCUCUUGUCUACAGUUGGAAGCCAAGCCAGGGUUUACCACCUUUGCGACAAUUAGUUUUCUAUGUGCAGUGAGUUGUUUUUUGUUUUUACAAAACAUAAUAAUGUGAUUCCUCCUGUCUCUAGUCCAAUGUGGAACUGUCCAGAAAAUGCUUUGCCAUGUCACCUGCUGUUUGGGUACGCCAGACUUCUGUUCCUACUAAAUAUCUGGUGUUGGGGCCUGAACAAAUUAAUUCGUCUGGCAGAGUCCUGUCCCCUAAACAUUUAAUUGUGGUUUCUAUACCUAUUCAGGUUUUUUUGAGUCCUGACCUAUCUGUUCAAGUCCUCCAUACAAAUAAAGCUCUCAGCUGGGGUGUAAAUAAUUACAAAAUGGAGUAUUUGGAGCUGAGCGUUACAGUUCUUAUUGAGGAAGCACACGGAGAAAGACGAGUGAAGCUAUGUCUUGUAUCCUCUCCCCUUAAGUUUUUUGUAGACAUGCAUUCACUUAUUAGUGCAGGAUUUUUGGGUGUUUUGUGGGGUACUAAAACUACAGCACAUGUGAAAGAUGAGGCAUAAUGUGUGAUUUAAAAAUAAAAUUGAGGGACCGUUUAGUACAUCUUGCCAAACCACAGUUCAUAUGAUAGAAAAUGCAAGACCUGCAACACGUCACAAACUUUGUUACAUGAGUUGAGAAAUUUGUCAGUUAACAAAAUUUUUUUUUGCCCAGAAGGCUGAAUAUUCUUUAUGGUUUCAAUAUGUUUUUUUUAAAGGGUAUGAGCUGAACACACAACACUUUCUCCUAUAUGUAAUUUCUGUAGUAUUGUCAGACAUAAUCAAGAAAAGUAAAACCAUAUUAAAAGUUAAAUUUCCCUUCCCUUGUUAGGGACCAUUUGGUUCCAUAUGCAGUUAGAACUGACGAUUCUAUAGUUGGUCUUUUAAAAUUAAAUUUUCAUUUCUUUUUAAAAGACAGUUAGGUGACAUAAUUUUUGUUAUAUUCUGAAAUACUUCUAGACAUAAAUCAGAAUUAAGCACUGUCUUUAUUUUAAUUGACAGAUUUAAAAAUAUCUGUAACCCCCCCCAUUUUCUUUCUGUGGGUGCUGAAUAAAUUAGGCCACAAACGUGCAUAUGAUCAGGAAAUAGCAUGCCUUGCCUUUUUUCAAAGAAUUGUAAUCAAUUUGAGAUUUUUACUCCGAUUUUGUUGGGAAAACAAAUCCUUGUUCAUAUCUAUGUUGAUCAGUUGUUCCACUCCUCUAGUCGUACUAUAUAUGAUUUAUACUUUUUAAAGUCUUCCCUGUCCAGCUGCCAUUUGAACACAACUGAAUUCUUUGGGAGUAUAUUUAUAUUUGAUUAAAUUGUUGCUUCAGUAGCAUUUCUAUAAAUGUGACUGGAAUCAAAUGUAUAUUUUACUUUUGUACAAAAGUAAAAAAAAAAGAGGAUAUUUUUGUGACUAAAUUUAGCAAAGAAGAAUACAUUAGAACUUAACUUUGGUUUUCCAAGACAUUUCUUAAACACACUUUCCCCCCUAGCACAUUGGUUUGAAACUAUGUAAAUAACAGCUGUGGGUAGGAAUGUAUAUGGAUUCUUUGACAUACCUCUCAUUUUAACGAUGCAGUAUUACUGUUGAACAAGGUCACAGAAUGGUUCUUUGCAGAAAAGUGCACCAUCAGGGCGACAAACCAUGGAAGCUGACAUGGGUCUAUUGAUUUCCGUAAUUUACAAAUUGCUUACACUUUGAGUCAAGUAUGUACCUCAUUGUCAUAUUACUGCUGAUUUGACUUAACCAUAGCUGAAAUGGUUUGGUUUGUCAACUUUUGAGACAGCAAAUGUUAUGAGUUUAUAUUUAAAACAUAUAAAAUGCAUAGUUUUCAUCUAUGCAAUUUUACUUGCUUCUGUCACUUUUAUCGUCUGUUCAUACUUGGCAUCUAUUAAAGAUAAUUUUUAAGGAUCUUA